CUACGGCUGCUGCUGCUCGGGUGAUGUCUUGCAUAAGUGAAAGUAAGAAGUAAAAUAAAACUAAUGGAUUAAUUCUCCCGAGGAGCGCUGGAGCUGAUUCAGAAAGGCGACCACGUUUCUCUCUUCACCUUUUUUUUUUCCAGAUCUUCCACCUUCUCCUUCUGGUACAUCUCUCCCAUUCAAGUUGAUUUACAUGAUUCAGCCACACGGCAUUUCUUCACAUCGUCCCUCGACAAGGUCUCCUUAGACGACGUCCCCCGAUGAAAACACACAGGAAAACAGGAUGUUGGGGUUUCAUGAUGUUUCUGUUGAUCGAUCUCACGUCACUUUAUGGAUGUUGGGGUUUCAUGAUGUUUCUGUUGAUCGAUCUCACGUCACUUUAUGAGCUUCUCUUAUAUGAUGUUGAAGAAGGCAGUAACUUCACCGUACUAUGGUCGAGUCCCAGCAGCAUGGACCUGUCUGAGCUCCACAUGAACUGCAGACUCCUGACAGAACCAGAGAAGAGAGUACUGGACGUGAUAAGUGGAGUGGAGAUCAUAGAGGCUCAGGACACACAGUUCAGAGGCAGAGUGGAGCUCCACAGAGAAGCUCUGAAACAGGGGCAGGUGCAGCUCCUCCUCACCCGCCUCACAGCCCUCGACUCGGGGAAGUAUCGCUGUGAGAUGGUGACCAACUACAACCGAGACAGAGGCUGGAGGUUUAGUUCUACUGAGUUCUUUGAGUUGAAGGUGGUUCCUAAAAGUGUGACUCCGACCGCACGUGUGCAGAAUGCGACAGGAUGGGCUGCAGCGGUGCUCAGACACGACCCAGUCACAGUUGCUGUUGUAGUUAUGGUUGUCCUCUUUGCCACUCCCAUCUUCUGGAUGAUUGUUAUGGUUUUUAUGAGGAUGUUUUACAGACUUACACCAAGUGCCUGA